AACAUAGUCAAUGCUGACAUUACAAACCCCUUCUACACAGAGCUAUUGUACUGCUUUGUGACCAAACCAAAAAACCUCUAAUGUGAAUUGAAUGAAUCCCAACGCCCCCACUUAGUUACACCCUCCCCUAUAAAAAACAACACAACACAAGAUAAGAAAAACCAAAAGUAAACACAACCAAAACAGGAAAUGAGUGAAACGAACAAGAUGGUUCCUGUCUGGUUACUCACCGUUACAGUAGCGACUUUACUGUUAACAACACAAACAUAUGCUCAACCAGAAGCAAAUUUCAAAUGCGCCACCGAAAGCGCCACGUGCCGCAGUCUAGCCGACUACUCUUCCACCAACACAACAACCUUAAAAGAAAUCGCAACCCUGUUCGGCGUGAAACACUUCCUCGACCUCCUCGGAGCCAACAACCUCCCAUCCAACACCAAAAACACUUACCCACUAACCGCCAAACAAUCCAUCAAGGUUCCAUUUCCCUGCAAAUGCGGUAACUUAACCGGUAAAUCCAACAACAUACCGCGGUACAAGAUAAAACCAGGUGACACGUUAAGCCAAAUAGCGAAUGUUCGUUUUGCUGGUUUGGUCAAGUAUCAACAGAUCCAAACCGCUAAUAAGAUACCAGAUGCUAACAAUAUAACCGCCGGUGAUACACUUUGGAUCCCUUUGCCUUGUAGCUGUGAUAAAGUGGGUGGGAGCAGUGUGAUGCACUAUGCACAUCUUGUGGAAUCUGGUAGUAGCAUUGAUGCUAUUGCUCAAGAAUAUGGCACAACAUCACAAACGCUACUCACUAUCAAUGGUAUUGAUGAUCCUAAAAAACUUCAAGCCGGUCAAGUUCUAGAUGUUCCUCUUCCAGUUUGUAACACAAAUGUGAGGAAUGAUUCGGUGGAUUUUCCAUUGCUUGUACCAAAUGGGACUUAUUACUAUACUGCCAAUAAUUGUGUCAAAUGUAAAUGUGACUCUGCUGGUAGUAGUAACAACAGCAAUUCUAUGUUACAAUGUGAGGAGUCGGGACUAAAACCGAUAAAUCAGUGGUCAGUUUGUCCGUCUGCGAAAUGCUCCAAGAAUGUGUUGAUUGGGAACAUUACGUCUACUGAUUCGUGUAACCGGACGUUUUGUGAUUAUGUGGGUUAUACUUCUCGCAAUAUCUCUGUCGAUCUUGUAACUCAAAACACUUGCGCUGUGGCACCAAGUGGUUCAGGUGGUUCGGGUUCAGGUGGAUCAGGGGCAUCUAGGAGCAUCUUGAAUGGCUUGGCUUGGAAUAAGCUUCUUAUUCUCAUUCACUUCCUUCUGUUUUUUGUUUAUCUUUUGUAGUACAAACCCUGCAUCUUUGUUCUUUUCUUUCUAUGAGUUCAUUGUUUAGUAUUGUGUAUUGUGAGUGUUGCCACUUAAUUGAAAAUUUUCAUGUUAUUUUUUUCUUCUAUUUAGUGUAUAUUUGGCUUGAUUGUGAGUUAGGAUUAAUCAGAGUGCUACCAUGACUUUGUCAUACUCACAUUGAUUUCAAAGAUACAUUUACAAUAUUUGUAAUAUAGCAUGUUUGGAAGAAUAA